AUGGGAGGAGAGUGGGAUAAGUCCUCUAAAGGUAUGCAACCACCACGACUUCUUUUCCACCAACUACUUUUCACAUUUACCCCACCAAGUACUGCAAUUCGAUUAUCAACACCAAUUACAGGUACCACAACGACUUCAGAACUUCAGACAAGUAGUUCUGCAGCAACCACAACGACUUCUACUACAUCAGGGUGCAUAUUCGGAGAAGAUUCAUACAACGAAGGAGAAAGUGUGCCUCACCUAUGUUAUCAUUUGAUCUGCACAUCUGGUAUAUGGGUAUAUACUGGUGUAAAUAAUAUAUGCAGGGAAGCCAGGGUGUACUGGGAUCCCCAUGUCAAAACUUGGGACAACACACACUAUAAUUACCACAAACCUUGUAACUUUUCAUUGCUCCAACCUGGCUUUGCGCAGAGUCCUACGUAUGGUGUCUACGCCCAAUUUGGUACGUGCAUAGGACCCGGUACCUGUAUUGAAGAAUUAGUAUUCAAGGACAAUGAAAAUACUGUAAUCACCUUCUUGAUGAGUAAAACGCGUGGAACUUCCGUAUUUCUGAACGGUAAGGAAUUCUCCGUCGGCGGGACCGCCCCCUCCUUCAUGGUCCAGGACGGCGCCCAGCAUCCCGUGCUCGCCUGGAGACAAACCCCGAGUGGAAGGAGCAACAGAUUUUUCUUCGCUGGUUCCAGUAAAAUCGUGGUGGGUGGCUUGGUUGGCCGGGGUCGCGUCGGAGGCUCUGCUCGCUUGGGGAUAGGUGUCCGUGGGGGGAUAGGGGGAGGAGAUGUAGGAUAG